AUGGACACAUUGAUGGAGGAAAUCGUUAACGGAGUCAAGCAAUUCUGCCAGUGGGUUUCGAAGCCAUUCGAGGUAUGCUGCUGCCCUGGACGUAGCACGGACGACGAGGACGACAACGGAAAGGGUGGUGGCGAGGAAGGCGGCAUCGACCUGUGGCACAAGGAUAACAGCGGGGGAACCACGUGCGUCACCACUCCAGCGGAGGGUCGAGUGGUUGUGCACGGUGGUCUCGAGAAGAAGAAGGACAAGAAGAUCGGCCGCCUUACCGCCGAGGCCCUGAGAAGUCUCAACCCUUCCGGUCUCUCGGCAUGCGGCGGACGCCGCCCGGCCGCUAGCCACAGCAGCGGCGAGACACUCGACAACAGCAGCCAACACAGCAGCCACAGCCUCAACAACAACGCUGUCGGCAUUCGGAGCGCCAGGAACGGCGCCAGCAAGCGGCGCCCCAGCCACGGGGUUCGGUUCUCUUCCGGCGUGGACGUUAUCGCCGAGUGGGACCUACACUUGGCCAGCGUGAACCACGACCACGAAGAGGAGGACGGCCGGGGCACCGCGACGAUCACGCUCGGUGGAGCCGACGUCGUGUCCGUGGCGGAGGACCCUGUCACGGGGCCCCGCAGAUCGUUCGCCCAGGCCCCGCGUUCGUUCAGCCGCGCGGCUCGCUUCGCGAUCGAAUACAGCCGCGGCGGCGGCGGCGGUGUCGGUAACGACACGAUCGGCCGCGGCGGCAAGGGCGUCGGCCCGUACGGAGACGGCCAACCGCUGACGUACGGCAUGAAGGACAUCAUUGCCUCUGGUGACCGGGGCAUCAAGGGCAUCAAGGGCGUCAAGGGCAGCGGGCUCUGGGGAGAGGAGGAGGAGGGCGACGAGGAGGAGGAGGAGGCCAUCCCCACUCUGCUCGACAGGUACGACGGCAGCCUCGCGAGCCUCAAGAGCCUGGUAUUCCCCCGGAGCAUCACCGACCGGCCGGUCAAGAGGCUGUUCGACGCCUCGGUGCUUGCGUCCACCUCGCCGGCGAAGUCGAUGACCGCCACGGAGCUGGACGUCAUCCUCGGCCGCCUCAGCGGAUGGAAGCACGGGGGAGGUAGCCGGAGGAGGGCGGCGAGGAGGGCCACGAGGGCGAGGAAGAGCGCGGGGUGCGGUAGCCGCGACAAGUCAGGCUGUGGCGCUGGCUCCGGGGAGGAGGGGAAGCUGCGCAGGGUGUCGUCGGACAACUCUGCGCUUAGGGCGGAGCUGUUCGCGCUCGCCAAGGGCGAGCGCCGGGAGUCGCUCCUGUUCAAGAGGGCGUUCUUGAACGCGGAGGGGGGCAGCGUCUCUUCCCGCCAGUAG